UUGAGUGUACCAGUACAGGGAGGAGAUGGUAAUGUUGUUGAGUUCUGUGUAUCCAAGUGGUGGGCAAACCUAGGAAAUAUAGAUGUCAAAUAUACAAUCAACUUUCACGGGGUCCUACCGAGCCAACGAGAAAUUAUGAUGCAUGGUGGAGAAGGUUUGAUGAGACUAGAUCUAGUCUCUAGGAUCAGUCUAGAGGAUAUUCAACCGGAAAUUAAACUUAAAUCUGCAGUUCAGGUUCUACGACCGACAGAGAGUAAAGUAGUAACUCUUGGUUCCCGGGAUAUCCUUCCUCCUGCUCGGCAUACAUUCGAGCUCCAGCUCUUCUACACAAUAUCUGUUCCUAAAUCUACAGAGAUUACUCCGAACCUACCGAUGCUCUCAGAUGUUCUCUACGAGAGUGAGAUAGAAUCCCAGCUCUGGAUGUUGUAUGAUUCCAACAAGAGACUGGUUGGGUCCGGGGACGCCUACCCUAGUAAGUGGGGAUUAAAGGUGGAGAAGGGAGAAUAUACUCUCCGGGUUCAUAUUAGACAGGAGAAACGAGAUCUUCUGGACAGGUUUACUGAGACUCCUCUUCUACUUUCUUCCAAAUUAUCUUCAGCAGUUUCCCUGGAUGUUUAUUCAUCCCAUUCAGAGGCAGUAGUUGGUGGGAAGAAGAUGAGUGUGUGUAAAGGAUAUCCUGGUAGAUCUAUACCUAUUUAUAUAUCUCCGCUCUCCUCAGAUAAACAUACCAAAGGUUCAUCAUUAGGACAGUAUUUACAAGGCACUGCUACUUUUGCUAAGGAUGAGCAGGGUAAGAAGACGGAUGUAUAUCAGAUAAAAUAUAUCCUGCCUGAACCCAUGAAGAAGAAGGAUAAGAGCAAGGAUGGAAAGAAAGCUAAGACGGAUGAUUAUGAGUCCUAUAAAGAUUCUAUCAAGGAUUCAAAGAUUGCCUGGUUGAGUAAACUUCCAGCUGAUAGUAUUCAGACUAAGGAAUUGUACAGUGAGCUAUGUACAGAAGGAGUAUCGUUGACUAGUGUACAUGCAGCUAGACUCCAGGGACUAACAGGAGCUGAGAACAAGGAUUGGAACGAGAUUCUAGCAACAGCAGAUAAGUUGAUUGGUUGUGUGAACCAAACUGAGCUGUUGGCCUGGUUGGGAACGAAGGCGGAUACACGGGACAACGCUGCUGAUGUAAAGAAGGAUAUGGAGAAGAUGAAAGGACAGCUGAUUGAUGCACUAGCAGCUAAAGGAGAAGCACUGCUUAAAGUUGGAGGGGAGAAGAACGAUGAACUGUCCGAGGUUUAUACUAACAUAGUUAAAUAUUGCGAUCCAACAGAUACAAAGGUGAUAGGGUUUGUUGUUGGAUACCUUAUACGACUGGAGCUUUAUGGGAAAGCGCUCAAAUACGUGGUGAAGCAGAUAGAGGAGAAGCACAGCAAGGAUCUGAUUCUCCAGGUGGUUGACCUACUCAACAAGCUCGGCUGGAAACAUGCUGCCAGUUUCUUGGAGAAAAGUAUUCCUGCCAAGUUUCCUGUCGAGUAUCAACCUUUCUAGAAUAUUUAUUAAUUUCAUGACACUAGACAGGGGGGAAUUUAUUUAAACUAUUUAAGAAUUAAUUUCAAAGCUUGGGGGGUUACAAAAUUGGACUAAUUUAAAGGCUUUUUUACCUUUUUAAAAUUAUUUUCUCAAAAUUUCGAUCCGAAAAGGAUCAAAUGAAUUGUUUAGAUAGCUAAAAUAUAUUCUGACAUGAGUAGGAAUGUUUUUUCUAUAAUUUAUACAGUAUGCACCCCUGAAUUUAGAAUUGUAGUCAAAUGUACACGGUGCAUUAUUGGUCUUUUUGUUUGAUACAGUUCACAUGUACAUUUGUUACCAAUUGUUUAUCUAGCAGAUUAUAUGUGUACAUUUUUGAAAGUGGCGUUGAACGAAACUCACGAGUUUCUUGUUUGGGGUCUAAACAUUUGAGUAGAUUUUAAUUUAAGAAAUUAGAAAACAAAUAUAGAAUGUGAAGAAACCACGUGAAAUAAUAUUUCUUAACAAAAAAAUUGGUAUCUAAAAAAAUGGCUGACUCCGUUCAUAAAAACGGGUUUCGAUACUUGGUUUCAUUACGAUACUAACUACACUAACUAAACAAAUAAAGACUGCACAAUUUUCCCGAGAUUUACCACCGAGAUUAUAAUUUCAUUAAGAAAAUCACUUUCUUCAAGUUUCUUUCUUAUUUAUGUCUACAGACCGAUAAACACUUUUUUUAGCUCGAGACUUAUAAAUAAACUUGCUUACAUGUCUCUUGAGACUGGUUAGUUCUUAAUCAACUUGAGACUGGUUAGUUCUUAAUCAACUUGAGACU